AUGUGGAAUGUAGAUUUUAUUCGUAGCAACUUUCUUAUAGUGGAUGUGGAGAAAAUUUUAUCUAUUCCUCUUUGUGAAAGAAGUUGGGGAGAUGUGGUUAUAUGGCACUACGCAAAGGAUGGUUAUUAUACUGUGAAGUCAGGCUAUUGGUUAGGGAUGGAAUUAAAGCGGGUGGGGGUACAUACUGCUUGUAGUGGUGAGAAUGCUGUUUCAAACUCCAAAAAUAUAUGGAGUAUUAUCUGGGGUCUUUCGGUCCCAAACAAAGUCAAGUUGUUCCUUUGGAGAGCUUGCCAUGCAUUCUUACCUUGUGCUGAGCGUUUGUUUAAACGCAAAGUGUGCUCAUCUGAUGUCUGUGGGAGGUGUGGUGUGGCACAAGAAUCGGUUUUGCAUAGCUUGUGGGAGUGUCAAAAGGCUCGGAAGGGUAGGAACGAUGUACUGCAUGGAAAACCUGAAAUGGACCCACUGAUCCUUGUUCAACGGUGUCUGGAGUGGCAUGAAGAGUUAUCCAAGUUAAUGGGUAGCAACUCUAUUGCUGCUACAGGUGCGAUUCGAGUGGGUGAUUUGGCUAUCGAGGUUAGUCAUAAUUCUAAUCCAGUUGUGUUUUUUGAUGGGGCUGUGAAUAAAGAUACUGGAAUUGUUGGUUUGGGAGCUGUGGUGUUGCGGUCAGAUAGGAGUCUUUUGGGGGCUUUAUCGGUGCCAUUACCUUUCCUUCUCACUCCGGCAGUAACUGAAGCUCUUGCGUUGUGGCAUGGGCUUAACUACUGCAAGGAGUUGGGGGUUCAAAGUGUUGUGAUAAAAGGAGAUGCCCUUAAUGUGCUUAAUGGACUAAAGGUUGAUGGUUGGGACCUUAGCGAGAUUGGAGGAGUCUUAGAUGCAGUGGGAUUGAUGAUGCAUGAGUUUGAAUUGGUGUCUUGGAAGCAAGUGAAGAAGCGCUUUAAUGCCAUAGCCCAUCACUUGGCCAGAUCAGCGCUGACUCUGCCACAAGCUUGGUACUGUAAGGAGCAAGGGACUUUAUGGAUUUAUGACUUAAUUGCUGAAAACUAG